AUGUUGCCAUUGUUAGAGGUUGCUGACAGUGUCACUGAGGAAUCAGAGGCAGCCAGGAAUCAGACAGAUGAUGGGGAAGAUGAGUUGCGACCUCUGGACACCCCUUUCCAGAAGGAGAGGCAGCCUGCCCCAAAGAUCAUGAUAAGAAAAGAUUGGGGUAAAAAUGUGAGUCCAAAGGAUCCAAACCCCUUUAAUAGAGACCGUAUCUUUGCUGCCGUCACAAGGGGCAGACCUGAGGAGCUGGAAGGCUUGGCUGAAUACUUGCAAAGAAACCAUAAAUUUCUCUCCAACUCUGAAUACAGAGAUGGAAAAACAGGGAAGACUUGCCUAAUGAAGGCCCUGCUGAAUUUAAAAGAUGGGACGAACCCCACCAUCUCCUUGCUGUUGAAGAUAGACCGGGAGAGUGGGAAUCCGAACCCUCUGGUCAAUGCUUCUUGCACUGACAGGUACUACCAAGGCAACACAGCACUGCAUAUUGCCAUUGAGAAGAGGAAUUUAGAUUUAGUGAAGCUCCUGGUAGAGAACGGCGCCAAUGUCUUCGCCAGGGCCUCAGGAGAGUUCUUCCAGAUGAAGAAGAAAGGGGUGUGCUUCUAUUUUGGUGAGCUCCCCCUGUCCUUGGCAGCUUGUACCAAUCAGAUGGAAGUGGUGCAGUACCUUCUGGACAACCCCCAACAGAAGGCAAGCCUGUCAGCAAGAGAUUCUUUGGGCAACACAGUCCUCCAUGCUUUAGUGAUGGUGGCCAAUGAUACGGAGAAGAAUACAGAGGUCGUCAUCAGGAUGUAUGAUGAGAUCCUAAUGGAAGGUUGCAAGCUGGAUCCGCUACUGAAACUAGAGGAAAUAGAGAACAACCAAGGGUUAACUCCCUUGAAAUUGGCGGCCAAAACUGGCAAAGUAGAGAUUUUCAAGCACAUUCUUCAGCGAGAGAUCAAAGAUCCCAAGUUUAAGCACUUAUCUCGCAAGUUCACCGAAUGGACCUAUGGACCGGUCCAUGUGUCUUUGUAUGACUUAUCCUCCAUCGAUAGCUAUGAGAAAAACUCUGUGCUAGAAAUCCUGGCCUACAGCAGUGACACUCCGAAUCGGUACAAAAUGGUGGUUUUGGAACCGUUGAACAAACUGCUCCAGUGCAAAUGGGACUCCUUUGCUGCCCUGAGAUUUCAUCUAAGCUUUUUGACCCAUGCGAUAUUCAUGGGCGUCUUCACAGCUGUUGUUUGCUACCAGGCCAUUGAUGGCAAGUCUGUAAUUCCGAGGAAUUAUGCAGCAGGAGAUACGUUAAGGGUGUUUGGCCAGGCCAUUGUUUUAGUGGGUACCAUUUAUCUUCUCAUUGCUCAGACUCUUUACUUGUGGAGGAGGCGCCUGUCCUUGAAACGUCUGCUCUCAGAUGACUGUAUUCAGGUUUUAUUGUUGGUGCAGUCACUCAUGCUGUUGAUCGCAGUGCCAAUGUACUUUGUGGGGAUGGAAGAAUAUGUGCCUUUGAUGGUUUUUUCCCUGCUGCUGGGCUGGAUGAACUUGCUGUAUUACACCCGAGGAUUCCAACUGACAGGGAUCUACAGUGUCAUGAUACAGAAGACAAUCCUGAGGGACCUUCGGCGUUUCCUGUCGGUCUACCUGAUCUUCCUUUUUGGCUUUGCAGUAGCCCUCUUCACCCUCACCAGUGAGGGGUUCCAGCCAUCCCAGAACAGUUCUGCCCCUGCCUCAGAAGAUGAUAAACCCCAAGCCGUAUUCACCAGGCUGUUUAUGACUUCUCUGCAACUCUUCAAGUUCACUAUUGGAAUGGGGGACCUGGAGUUCCAUGAGCACAUGAAAUUCAGAUACUUUGUGAUCUUCCUCCUCCUCCUCUUUGUGAUCCUGACGUACAUCCUCCUUUUGAACAUGCUGAUUGCCCUGAUGAGCGAAACAGUCAACAAGAUCUCCGGAUACAGCCAAAGUGUCUGGAAGCUCCAGGCAACUGUUACUAUCCUGGAGAUAGAGAAAAACUGGCUUUUGUAUUGGAAGAAGCCACAGAGAUCUGGCUGCUUGUUGCCUGUUGGCUCAGGAGAAAAAGACAAAAGAUGGGUCUUCCGAGUGGAAGAGAUCAAUUGGGCCAACUGGGAGAAAGAGGUAGGAGUCCUCAGUGAGGAUCCUGGGAGCUCCGGGGACUCUGGAAUAGAGCUUCAAGAUAAGAGUCUGUGGAGCUGGGUAUUGCGGGCAAAGGCCGCUUCGUCCACCACGGCAUCCACACCAGAGUAG